GUUGUUACAAAAUGGCUACUGGUUCCUUUCUGGUGGUGACAAUCUGUGCAGUGAUCUCAGUGAGAGGAAGUUCACCGUUCACGUUGUCAACGGAGGAGAAAAGUUGGUAUGAAGCCAUGGACGUAUGCACCGAAAACGGAAGUAUCCUUGCCAAUACUCGUGAAAGUAAUACACAGAUAGAAGAUGUUUUAAAAGAAUCCAACGUCAGCGACGUCUGGACCAGUGAUCGCACUUUUCUGUCUUACUGGGUGGCUAAUCAAGGUUGUCAUUGGGGUAAUUUGACAAACAUUUUGGGAAAGAAAGUCACUUCGCCAAAAGUCGGCCAGUGUCAACAACAUUGUCAAUCAAAUGGAAGCGGGUAUUUCUCUAUACAGAGGACGGAUGUAUGCAAGUGUCUAGACCCCUCCACGGUGUUGCUGCUGAGCAGGACCCAUGACUCUCUGUGUAACGUCACGUGUGGAGAGGGGCAGGAGCAAGGGACAACAUGUGGUGGAGUGCAGGAAAACGUGGUCUCGUUGUACAGGACUUCCGGGCUUGUGGAGCCUGACACGACAGAAGCCUUGUGUCGAGUGUUUAAAAAAGACACAGAUGAUAUGGUGAAUCUGUACUCUGUACCCUGUGAUUCACAAAUAAAUUCCACAGCUUGUGUAAUAUAUAACGAAACCACGGGGAAAGAUGAAUUGAAUAUAUAUCGUCAUAACGGGAAAUGGGACUAUGCUACACAGACCCUGUGUUAUCAAGGAUAUAUACCUGCGUUGGAUAAUGCAACCAAAAUGGAAUUAUUAGAAAGAGCAAAGAUAAAUGAUUCCAUAUGGAGCGGAUAUAUAAGACAACGAAUCGACCUUAACGAUAGCGAUAUUGACGUGAACACAAGUAGCUAUAUUCAAUGUUACGCACAGGUAAACGGUGCCCGUGUUAGGGCAAACUGCACAGAGGAACGACGAUUCAUAUGCCGGAGAGUUACAUCUAUGAACGGAAGUGACCCGAACUCUCGGCCAACAAUGAUUUCUAACCCCACUAUGGAAAACGCGGCAACGACACAACCAUCCAGUAACAACAAGCGGACGGACAGAGAUUUCAAAGAAGGUUUUGUCACCCCACCUACAACUGUAACUACAACUAGACGAAGAACAACUGCCCCAUUACCAAAACCUUUUAAAAGUUCGCGGGAGGAUACGAAGAUAAUUGGAAUUGUCUCGGGGAUUGCCGUCGGGUGCAUCGUCGUGGUAGUGGUGACAGCAGUCGCUGUGUACAAGUUAUGCAAAAGGUCUGUAAGAAAGAAAGGACAGAAGAAGAAAAGGACGAAAAAUAAGCCCGUUAAGCUAAAAGAUAUCGUAGUAAGUGCUGAACUUCCUAAAAACGAUGCACGCUUGGACUCUUCAACGGACGAAUCAGAAGAUGAAACGAAGUUUACAGUCGGUGACCCGUCAGGAGGAGUCCCAAAACUACCAUCAGUAUCCUACAACUACGAUACUGUUUGCGAAACAGGGGCCGACAAGGGUCAUGUAAAUGACGCGUAUGCUUACGCGGAAACCAAAUCGACUAGCUCUGACGAAGGAUUGUAUAACUCGAUGGAGUUACUUGUUGACGCCAGUGAUGACGAUGACUUAUACGCCACUACAAUGCUUCCUCUGCCAGAUAACGAUGUCAAAGACGACGUUGCUAUGCAACCAGACGGCGAUACAUAUGACGUCAUGAAUUCAAAAGUCAGAGUUCCAGGAAAUGAAUCGGCGUAUGACCAUACGACCAAGGUUUGCUUUUUGAAUGGAGCAACGGUCGAUACAGCCUAUGAUGUGUUCAAUCGAAAGGUUAUGGACGGUGUAGAAGACACGUAUGAUCAUACACAAAGUAGUCCAAAAAAUGGCGGCGAUCUAAACAACUCAGCGUAUGAUGUUUUUAACAAAAAGAACAGCGGUAAAGAAGAUAGUGGUAGCAUGUAUGACAGCACCAGAGGUGCGACACAAUGUUUUCAUGCAGGUGGCGUGACAUCAAAUGACAUUUAUGAUACAUGUAAUGAAAAGCCCACUAUCGCUGAUGAUGUUGAUGACUUGUACGACCACGCAAGCCAUACGCGCGCGAAUCAAGACGAAAAUUUAUAUGAUCUCACACCCAAACACCAAGUAGCACAAACAGUCAAUGACAAUCCUUACGAUCGUAUAUGAGACUUCCGUAUCCGAAUUUUAAAGACAAAUGUACACAUGAGAGGAAUUAUCCAUACAAUUCUGGAAUACACAUCACGAUAAUAAGUGUUGAAUUUACACGCUAGAAUUGAGGUCACUGUAAGAUAUUGACGAAUUGAAAGCUAGUGUACAUCAGUAAUUGGAUUGAAAGUAACUCAGUGAAAUGUUAUUGUUUUGCAUUAGGGUUUUAAACGACAAUGCUUUGACUUGAUAUGAAGAAAAACUAAAUGAACAAUUCACUUUUAAGCGGGCCGAUAUUGAGCCGUAGUAUAGUGCCAGCGGGCCGAUUGUAUACUACGUUUAGUGCCAGCGGGCCGAUAUUGGGCCGUAGUAUAGUGCCAGCGGGCCGAUUGUAUACUACGUUUAGUGCCAGCGGGCCGAUGGUAUACUACGUCUAGUGUCAUUCAUUCAUUCAUAUCUUUAUUCCUCCAUAAGAGAAGAGUUACAGAAAUUGUAUUAAAUAUUACAUAAUCAUGGCAAUAACAUAGUUAAUUUUCAAUGAAACGAAAAAGAAAAAUAUAGAUAUAAAAUAUAAGACAAAUACAUAUUUAGAGACAGAUAUAAGAUAAGGAAAACGAAAAAAACUAGGAGAAGGACUCAAAUUGCUACAAGGUAGAGGAAUUUUAGGUUUAUCUUAACAAAAUGUAAGAAGGCAUGCCGAUUGUAUACUGCGUUAAGUGCCAGCGGGCCGAUUGUAUACUACGUUUAGUGCCAGCGGGCCGAUUGUAUACUACGUUUAGUGUUAGCGGGCCGAUAUUGGGCCGAUUGUAUACUACGUUUAGUGUUAGCGGGCCGAUAUUGGGCCGAUUGUAUACUGCGUUUAGUGCCAGCGGGCCGAUUGUAUACUACGUUUAGUGCCAGCGGGCCGAUAUUGGGCCGAUUGUAUACUACGUUUAGUGUUAGCGGGCCGAUAUUGGGCCGAUUGUAUACUACGUUUAGUGCCAGCGGGCCGAUUGUAUACUACGUUUAGUGCCAGCGGGCCGAUUGUAUAUUACGUUUAGUGCCAGUGGGCCGAUUGUAUACUACGUUUAGUGCCAGCGGGCCGAUUGUAUACUACGUUUAGUGCCAGCGGGCCGAUUGUAUAAUACGUUUAGUGCCAGCGGGCCGAUUGUAUAUUACGUUUAGUGCCAGCGGGCCGAUUGUAUACUACGUUUAGUGCCAGCGGGCCGAUUGUAUACUACGUUUAGUGUUAGCGGGCCGAUAUUGGGCCGAUUGUAUACUACGUUUAGUGCCAGCGGACCGAUUGUAUACUACGUUUAGUGCCAGCGGGCCGAUUGUAUAUUACGUUUAGUGUUAACGGGCCGAUUGUAUACUACGUAUAGUGUCAGCGGGCCGGUAUUGGGCCGAUUGUAUACUACGUUUAGUGCCAGCGGGCCGAUUGUAUACUACGUUUAGUGCCAGUGGGCCGAUUGUAUACUACGCUUAGUGCCAGCGGGCCGAUUGUAGACUACGUUUAGUGCCAGCGGGCCGAUUGUAUACUACGUUUAGUGCCAGUGGGCCGAUUGUAUACUACGCUUAGUGCCAGCGGGCCGAUUGUAUACUACGUUUAGUGCCAGCGGGCCGAUUGUAUACUACGUUUAGUGCCAGUGGGCCGAUUGUAUACUACGUUUAGUGCCAGUGGGCCGAUUGUAUACUACAUUUAGUGCCAGCGGGCCGAUUGUAUACUACGUUUAGUGUCAGCGGGCCGAUAUUGGGCCGAUUGUAUACUACGUUAAGUGCCAGUGGGCCGAUUGUAUACUACGUUUGGUGCCAGUGGGCCGAUUGUAUACUACGUUUAGUGCCAGUGGGCCGAUUGUAUACUACAUUUAGUGCCAGCGGGCCGAUUGUAUACUACGUUUAGUGUCAGCGGGCCGAUAUUGGGCCGAUUGUAUACUACGUUUAGUGUUAGCGGGCCGAUAUUGGGCCGAUUGUAUACUACGUUUAGUGCCAGUGGGCCGAUUGUAUACUACGUUUAGUGCCAGUGGGCCGAUUGUAUACUACGUUUAGUGCCAGUGGUCCGAUUGUAUACUACAUUUAGUGCCAGCGGGCCGAUUGUAUACUACGUUUAGUGUCAGCGGGCCGAUAUUGGGCCGAUUGUAUACUACGUUUAGUGUCAGCGGGCCGAUAUCGGGCCGAUUGUAUACUACGUUUAGUGUCAGCGGGCCGAUAUUGGGCCGAUUGUAUACUACGUUUAGUGCCAGUGGGCCGAUUGUAUACUACGUUUAGUGCCAGUGGGCCGAUUGUAUACUACGUUUAGUGCCAGUGGGCCGAUUGUAUACUACAUUAAGUGCCAGCGGGCCGAUUGUAUACUACGUUUAGUGUCAGCGGGCCGAUAU